AUGGUGUCACCACAAGACAUCAGCUUCGGCCUGUGCACGACAUGGCUCGGCCUUGUGGGCUACCUGAUCGUGGCCAAAGUCGGCUACGACCUCGUCCUGGCAGUCUACAGGAUCUAUUUCCACCCUCUCCGACGCUUUCCCGGCUCCAAACUCGCGGCCGCUUCAUACUGGUAUGAGACCUACUACGACGUCUUCAAGGGCCACCAAUACGUGUGGAGAAUCAAGGAAAUGCACGAGAAAUACGGCCCCGUGAUUCGCACCAACCCGGACGACGUGCACAUUCACGACCCGGAGUUUUUUGACCAGUUGUACGGCUUGAAACUCGACAAAUGGGCGUGGUGGACACGCGGGUUUGCAGUGCCCACGGCCGGCGGCAUGACCGUCGAGCACGAGAUCCAUCGGAAGCGACGAGGGGCGCUGAACCCCUUUUUCUCAAAGGCGAGCAUCGUCGCGAAUAUCCCCGUCAUCCAGGAGAAAUUGGCCGUCAUGUGCGAGCGACUGGACAAGAUCAAGGGAUCUCGCGAAGUGCUGGACCUGGAAGCCGUGUAUUUGGCCUUGACCACCGACGUCCUCACGCAGUGCUCGUACGGCUGGACGUACGAUUACAUCCACCACCCGGAAUGGGCCAUGACCUGGAAGCUCGUCAACACGGGCGGACGCGCCUCGGCGGCCAUUGUGCGCUCGUUCCCUUUGAUCGGCGCCGUCGUCCGCUCCAUGCCCUUAUCCGUGGCCAUCAAACUCGUCCCUCCCGUCGGGUUCAUGAAAUCCUGGAUGCAGCGCGUCGGGGUUCAAGUGAAGAAGAUCAAAUCCGACCCGGAGACCAUGGAGGCCAUCAAGACGGAGAAGAGGCGCAAGGACACCAUCUUCGCGCAGAUCCUGUCGAGCGAUCUCCCCGAGGAGGAAUUGAGCGAUGAACGACUGAUCGACGAAGGCGUAUUGAUUGCCACUGCGGGCUCCGAGACGACCGCCUGGGCCAUCACCAUCACCACGUACCAUAUCAUGAAGAACCCGGACGUGUUGGCAAAGAUGCGCGCGGAGCUGUCCAAGGUCGAAAUCCCGCCGGGCGACCCCGUGGCGCCCUGGACAUCGCUGGAGAAGAUGCCGUACUUGACCGCGGUCAUCAAAGAAGGCGUCCGCAUGGCCGGUGGGAUGCUGUCUCGCCUGCCGCGGAUCUACGACAGGCCGAUCCAGUACAAAGAAUGGACCAUCCCAGCCGGCACGCCCGUGGCCAUGACACCACACCUGGUCCUCAUCGACGAGACCAUCUUCCCUCAACCCCGCAAAUUCGACCCGGAGCGGUGGCUCGACGACGAGACCUCCCUGGCCGAGGGCAAAACCACGAGCCGUCUGGACAAGUACAUCGUGGCCUUCGGCAAGGGUUCCCGGAACUGCAUCGGCAUGCACUUGGCGUACGCGCAGCUGUACAUGUCCGUCGCCGCCGUGGUCAUGCGGUAUAAUCUGGAAAUGUACCAGACGGACGACACCGACGCCACGCCCACGAGGGAUCUGUUCACGGCCGGGGUGAAACUGGAUAGUCAGGGGAUCAGGGUUAUUGUGCACGACAAGGAUGAGAAGAUUUAG